ACAGUAAGAAAAAGUUUGUGAAAAGAAAAGAAAGCAACUCGGCAGUAAUUGGUCUGUCCUCGCUGGCCUUCAUUUGUGUCAAUUCUCAGUGCACAGGUGAAUUUAUAUUUAUCCUGAGUAAAUUGUCAACACGUGACUAUUUCGUCCUUUAAUCUUGAAUUUACAUCCAGGGUUAUACAAGUAGACGAAGGUAGAUAUCCCCUGUUAACGCAAUAUUUGAACAGAGAGAUUGAUGUCGGUUAUUACGAUAAAAUCGUGAAUCAUUUCAACUUUUCACGCGCUUUAUUUAAAAAAAUCGCUACUGCAACUACACAAACAAAUUUAGAUAUGUAAUUGUACCUGUUACCGUCCAACACGCUUCUCAAAAAUAGUCUUAUUUUGAAGUUUUAGUCCCUGAUAAGUUAUUUUAGUCCCUGGUCGCAUAUUCUAGUGCCGCUGACUAAAUCCGGUUAUCGAAGUAGGUCAAGUUGUCCUAGAUAAUGACUCGCUUAAAGGUGGUCGUAGCUAGUAUCAACAUGACUUCAGAAGACAGCCGCACAAGGGGCAGAAGACUGUCCAAGGACUCUCACACAUUCAUGGACUCCAUGGAUUUGGAGGAGGACUUCCCAUGCAGUCCGCUGCCCCUCUUACUCGACCCCGCCAGUCUGGCAGACGACCCCUUAAGUCCGUCGAGUUCCGAUUCUGGCUCGACAUCGACGUUGGAUAGUCAGGGCUCUGAAGGUCAGCUGUCCAAGCCCUCCCUCCCGGCGCUCCCUCCGUGCCGAGUGUGCGGCAAGCCAGCCUCGGGGCUACACUACGGUGUGAAUACUUGCGAGGCGUGCAAGGUGUUCUUUAAGAGAACGUUGCAGAGGAAUGCUGUGUACAGCUGCAAGAGAAACGGCAAGUGCCAGAUCGUGCCGAGUCGAAGGCGUUACUGCGCUCACUGCCGCUACGAGAAAUGUCGCGCAGUCGGAAUGUCUAGAAGCUCUAUUAAAACCGGCAGAUACAGCCACGAAAAGAAAGUGAAAGAUAUUUUGGAAAUCAAAAAGCAUUAUGCGGAGAGUCAAGUGGAGCCCCGUGCCAAUACGGACGCCUUGUUCGACCAGGCUAAAAGUGUUCAUCAACAGGACCUUGCUCACUUGGUUAAAUAUCUCGCCGAGUGCGCCAUGAUAAUCGACCCAGAGAGCCUCCAUCUUUCAUCUAAACUCGGAGACGAGCAAAUUCAAUUCAUGGAAGUUUUCAAACUUCGCCAGGAGAUAUUCGGCAGCCUAGACCCCGUCGACGACGACGAGUACAGCACGUUUUAUUGUAUGACUGGCCUUGACCUUGAUGGCCGGCGCGAGAUAUUGAACCAGUGGCUUGUGAUGAUUAACGCAUGCAUUAAACGACUGAUCCAGUUUGCUAUGUUCAUCCCCGGUUAUUCAGAUUUGUGCACCCAGGAUCAGGCAGCCUUGAUCAAGUACGCGCGCCAUGAGGCUCUUUUCAUUGGUGGCCAUCGGCGAUUCAAUGCCAAGCUCCAAUGCUACACAAUGGCCAUGUCCGGUAAGGUACUGCACAAAACUGACCUCGUCAAAGCACUCGGACACGAGGAUUAUGUGGAUACGUUCUUCAAACUGGCCCAAGAGCUGACCAACCUAAGAUUAUCGUACGCUGAAUACGUUCUUCUUACUGCAAUCGCGCUGUUUUUCUCCGACCGCUGCGACCUGAAGGAACCUUCAAAGAUCGAAGCCAUUCAGUUAAAACUUGUGGAGGCGUUGCAGUACUCUUUGAGAAUCAACCACCCCAGCAGACCAGGGCUGUUUCCCAAUAUCGUGAAUGCCCUCGUCAAUAUACGCGCUCUUUCAGAAAUUAGCUGGAAAAUCCUCGAGCGGAUUUACCUUGACAUGCCUGACAUAGACCUGCCCGACCUCAUACUCUCACUUUGUAACACCGAUCUAAGCGAACUGGAAGAAACGUAAUCAAAAAUCGGUGAAGAUACUAUAUUGAUUAAACAAAUCCGUUUUUAAUUUAAAAAAUAAAAUAAAAAUGACGCUAAUUUUAACAUAGCAGAUCGGACAUUGCCGUUAUACUGUAGAUAUGUGAGUGUAUAAUGAAAUCAAAACGUACAUUGUUUCACGGAUUAAGUUUCUCCUGUGACAAUUUUGUGUGAUUGUUGGAGUUCUUUUGAAUAGUGGUUUAAUUUGUGCAUUUUCAGGAUACUGUGUGAAUAAAAUGCUUCUUA